GCCGCGCGGGUGCGGUGCGCCGGGCUUGGCGCGGUUCCCUCUCAGCCGGGGAGGCCUUGGCCACGCAGCGGUAGGAGCGCGCGUGCCGGGGCGGCGGCGUCCUGGAGACCCCCGAGAGAUGGAAGCUGCGGCGCCGGCGGCGGCCGAGGCGGCUGGGCACGAAGAGCUCGAUAUGGAUAUAAUGAGACCCUUAAUAAAUGAGCAAAACUUUGAUGGGACAUCAGAUGAAGAAUAUGAGCAAGAGCUCCUGCCUGUUCAGAAGCAUUACCAGCUUGAUGAUCAAGAGGGUAUUUCAUUUGUACAAACUCUUAUGCAUCUUCUUAAGGGAAAUAUUGGAACUGGUCUUUUAGGACUUCCACUGGCAAUAAAAAAUGCAGGCAUAGUGCUUGGACCAAUCAGCCUUGUGUUUAUAGGAAUUAUUUCUGUUCACUGUAUGCACAUUUUGGUACGUUGCAGUCACUUUCUAUGUCAGAGGUUUAAAAGGUCAACAUUAGGGUAUAGUGACACUGUGAGUUUUGCUAUGGAAGUAAGUCCUUGGAGUUGUCUGCAGAAGCAAGCAGCGUGGGGACGGAGUGUGGUUGAUUUUUUUCUGGUGAUAACACAGCUGGGAUUCUGUAGUGUUUAUAUUGUCUUCUUAGCUGAAAAUGUGAAACAAGUUCAUGAAGGGUUCCUGGAGAGUAAAGUGUUUGUUUUGAAUAGUACCAACUCAUCAGAUCCAUGUGAGAGAAGAACUGUUGACCUAAGGAUAUAUAUGCUUUGCUUUCUUCCAUUUCUAAUUCUUUUGGUCCUCAUUCGUGAGCUCAAGAAUCUAUUUGUGCUUUCAUUCCUUGCCAACGUUUCCAUGGCUGUGAGUCUUGUGAUAAUUUAUCAAUACAUUGUUAGGAAUAUGCCAGAUCCCCACAACCUUGCAAUAGUGGCUGGCUGGAAAAAAUACCCUCUCUUUUUUGGUACUGCUGUAUUUGCUUUUGAAGGCAUAGGAGUGGUCCUUCCACUGGAAAACCAAAUGAAAGAAUCAAAACGCUUUACCCAAGCACUGAAUAUUGGCAUGGGAAUUGUUACAACUCUGUAUGUAACAUUAGCUACCUUAGGAUAUAUGUGUUUCCAUGAUGAAAUCAAAGGCAGCAUAACUUUAAAUCUUCCCCAAGAUGUGUGGUUAUAUCAAUCAGUGAAAAUUCUCUAUUCCUUCGGCAUCUUUGUGACAUAUUCAAUUCAGUUCUAUGUUCCAGCAGAGAUAAUUAUCCCUGUGAUCACAUCCAAAUUUCAUGCUAAAAGGAAGCAAAUCUGUGAAUUUGCAAUAAGGUCCUUCUUGGUUACUAUUACUUGUGCUGGAGCGAUUCUGAUUCCUCGUUUAGACAUUGUGAUUUCCUUCGUCGGAGCUGUGAGCAGCAGCACAUUGGCCCUGAUCCUACCGCCUCUGGUUGAAAUUCUUACAUUUUCUAAGGAACACUACAAUAUAUGGAUGAUCCUGAAAAAUAUUUCUAUUGCGUUCACUGGAGUCGUUGGUUUCUUGUUAGGUGCAUAUGUGACUAUUGAAGAAAUUAUUUAUCCUACUGCCAAAGUUUUCGCUGGCACUCCACAAAGUUCCUCUUUAAAUUUGAAUUCUACAUGCUUUACAUCUGGUUUGAAAUAGUAGAAGCAGAAUUAUGAGUCUCAAGUCUGAAAAUGAUGAAAAUAAGAACCAUUAGAACACAUUGCCAUACACUUAAAAACCGUUUUCUUUCGGCACAACAUUGAUAUUUUGGCAGUAAAUUAUAAGUCUUUACCAAUACUGAUAAACUACGACGGACUCGUGGUUUUAAGUAUUAGCAGCAAUUUCAAAAAUUUUAGUUCUGAAAAUUGAAAAAAUUAAAAUGUUAAAAAAAUUAAAGAACGCAAAUGCUUCUGUUAUUCUCUCAAUCAAAUACUUUAACGAGGAUUCUCUCUUUUACCUCCAUGCUACUCUAUUGCCACCCAGUUGAGGAGAGAACAGGAUUUCAACAAUAAGAGAAUUAAAGAAGUAUAGGUGACUAAAAUCUGACCAUCCCAAUGAAUUUUAAAGUAUACUUUGUAUAUAAUGUAGAAAUAUCUUGAUUAUGUUUUUAUUAGGGAGCCAAAUACUUAUGUUUUACCCGUGGAAGUUUAGAAAACUCUCAUUAGCCAUAAUGUAAGAAUCAGAAAAUCCCCCAAACCAGAAUUAUUUUUACACUAUUCUGUAAUGGUAGCUGAUCUUCAUAGUGAAAACCAAAAGGCACUGUGCAAGAUUCUGACUUAGUGUUUCAGCCAAAUUUGAGAGACUUUAAAAGUUAUCCAGUACAUAUUCCCUUGUUUUUUUUACCUGAGGAAAUGGAUACCCAGGAUGGUUAAGAAACUUGAUCAAGACCACUCAGCCUUGAGAUGAAGAGAACCUGAUCUUUUGAUUCCCAGUCCAGGAUUUUUUUAUCUUUCACUUCACAUCCUAGAAAAAGAAUAAAUUAUGUUGUUUAACUUUA